CAAGGACCGGGUUCGUGUUCAGCCGCACAUAUUGAGACCGAGGAGAAGUUAAACUUGUAGCUGGAGACUCAGGAGUCACAUUCAACCCUGCCAGCAUGCAUGUGAUCAAGAGAGAUGGACGCCAGGAGCGCGUCAUGUUCGAUAAAAUCACCUCUCGCAUCCAGAAGCUCUGCUACGGGCUGAACUCUGACUUUGUGGAUCCGGCCCAGAUUACCAUGAAGGUGAUCCAGGGUUUGUACAGCGGCGUCACCACCGUCGAGCUCGACACGCUGGCAGCGGAGAUUGCAGCCACGCUCACAACUAAACACCCCGACUACGCCAUCCUCGCUGCGCGGAUCGCCGUCUCAAACCUCCACAAGGAGACGAAGAAGGUGUUCAGUGACGUGAUGGAGGAUCUGUACAACUACGUCAACCCACUGAACAGACGCCACUCCCCCAUGAUCUCCAAGGAGACGCUCAACCUCGUUCUUGAGAACAAAGACCGCCUCAACUCGUCCAUCAUUUACGACAGAGAUUUCUCCUACAACUUCUUCGGCUUCAAGACUCUGGAGCGGUCCUACCUGCUGAAAAUCAACGGCAAGGUGGCCGAGCGCCCGCAGCACAUGCUCAUGAGGGUGGCGGUCGGAAUCCACGAGAAAAAUAUUGACGAGGUCAUCGAGACCUACAACCUGCUGUCAGAGAGGUGGUUCACCCACGCCUCCCCCACUCUCUUCAACGCAGGAACCAACAGGCCUCAACUGUCCAGCUGCUUCCUGCUCGCCAUGAAGGACGACAGCAUUGAGGGCAUUUACGACACACUGAAGCAAUGCGCCCUCAUCUCCAAAUCGGCGGGGGGAAUCGGUGUGGCAGUCAGCUGCAUCAGAUCAACCGGGAGCUACAUCGCUGGCACCAACGGCAACUCCAACGGGCUCGUCCCCAUGCUGAGGGUUUACAACAACACGGCGCGCUACGUCGACCAGGGCGGCAACAAGAGACCCGGAGCCUUCGCCAUGUACCUGGAGCCGUGGCACUUUGACAUCUUCGAGUUCUUGGAGCUGAAGAAGAACACGGGGAAGGAGGAGCAGAGAGCCAGAGACCUUUUCUACGGCAUGUGGAUCCCAGACCUCUUCAUGAAGAGAGUGGAGAGCAACCAGGACUGGUCUUUGAUGUGUCCGAACGAGUGUCCCGGGCUGGACGAGUGCUGGGGGGAGGAGUUCGAGAAACUCUACACCAAAUACGAGAAGGAGGGCAGGGUGAAGCGUGUGGUGAAGGCCCAGCAGGUGUGGUAUGCCAUUAUUGAGUCCCAGACAGAAACCGGUACGCCGUACAUGCUUUACAAAGACGCCUGCAACAGGAAGAGCAACCAGCAGAACCUCGGCACCAUCAAAUGCAGCAACCUCUGCACGGAGAUUGUCGAGUACACGAGCGACGACGAGGUGGCUGUCUGUAAUCUGGCCUCCAUCGCUCUCAACAUGUACGUCACCCCCGAGAGGACUUUUGACUUUAAAAAACUGGCAUAUGUGACCAAAGUUAUCGUGAAAAACCUGAACAAGAUCAUCGAGAUUAACUUCUACCCGGUGCCCGAAGCCGAGAACUCCAACAAGCGUCACAGGCCGAUCGGGAUCGGCGUCCAAGGAUUGGCCGACGCCUUCAUCCUGAUGCGUUACCCCUUUGAAAGCCCUGAGGCUCAGCUGCUCAACAUCCAGAUCUUUGAGACCAUUUACUACGCUUCCCUGGAGGCGAGCUGCGAUCUGGCGGCCGAGCACGGCGCCUACGAGACAUACCCAGGCUCUCCAGUCAGCAAGGGCAUCCUCCAGUACGACAUGUGGGAGAAGACGCCGACUGACCUGUGGGACUGGAAGCUGCUGAAGGAGAAGAUCGCCAAACACGGUGUGAGGAACAGUCUGCUGCUGGCCCCGAUGCCCACAGCCUCCACCGCACAGAUCCUUGGCAACAACGAGUCGAUCGAGGCGUACACCAGCAACAUCUACACCCGCAGGGUCCUCUCCGGAGAGUUCCAGAUCGUCAACCCUCACCUGCUCAAAGACCUGACAGAAAGAGGGCUGUGGAGCGAGGAGAUGAAGAACCAGCUGAUCGCUCACAACGGCUCCAUUCAGGAAAUUGACGAGAUUCCAGAUGAUCUGAAGCAGCUGUACAAAACCGUGUGGGAAAUCUCUCAGAAGAUGGUUCUCAAGAUGGCGGCUGACCGUGGCGCCUUCAUCGACCAGAGUCAGUCCCUGAACAUCCACAUCGCAGAGCCGAACUACGGCAAACUGACCAGCAUGCACUUCUACGGCUGGAAACAGGGUUUAAAGACAGGGAUGUACUACCUGCGGACGAAGCCCGCCGCUAACCCCAUCCAGUUCACCCUGAACAAGGAGAAGCUGAAGGAGGCGCCGACGGACACUAAAUCCUCAGAGCAUGACCUCAAAGAGCGCAACACGGCUGCCAUGGUGUGCUCUCUAGAGAACAAAGACGACUGCCUCAUGUGUGGGUCUUAAACGCCUCAUCCUGCCCACUUAAGAAUCCACGCAGGAUGAAAGUCGUCUAACUACGACUUGACGGUGAAACUUUGGACAAUGUGCUUGAGGGCAUUCACAAGUGCUUCCAUUACAAACAUGAGCACUUUUAAUUGACCUUGUGCAGUGUUUGGAGCUGAAUGUAUAGAAAUAAUUUUAUAAACAAACGCGUGUUAACUCACUUGUUCGAUAGAUAAAAACGUACUUUAAAAGUGUUAUGUUAAC